ACAUCCCCAAAUGAGAUGAUUAGUUUCCAAAACAUCCCCAAUCAAAAACACCCAAAAACAUCCUUAUCAAUGCGGAGUGGAGUGAUACUAGUAAACUCCCAAGCUCCAGGGUGCUUUGCCUUCUUACACACAACGGAACCCACACCCUUUUCAACCAAAAACUUAGGCAGAUCCUUACCCUGUUGCAUCCAGCCAUGGCUUCUAUGUCUAUCAACUUUCUCAGAGACCAUAGAGUAGGGCCGUAUGAUGCACUGCUGAAGCCGAGCUUUCGCCCUCCCAUUUGGAAGAACUUUCGUAAUUCCCAUCUGGAAGUGAAAGGCCACUUUAAUCUGUCUGAGAGCGGAAGAAGGUGCGCAAUUCGAAGCGACUUGCGAGGUCCAGUUGGUGCUACUGUAGAUUUUCCCUUAACCCUUCAAGGGUCUAGAAGAAGGAACUCUCAAAUAUGUAACAAGGCUACUACAGACAUAUCUGGAGAUAUUCCUGAAAGUGCUGGUGAGUUGAGCCAGUACGAGAAAGUGAUUGAAACCUUAACAAUUCUUUUUCCUGUUUGGGUCAUCUUGGGGGCUAUUAUCGGCAUCUACAAGCCAACUGCUGUAACUUGGUUGGAUAAAGAUCUUUUUACUCUUGGCUUGGGUUUCCUCAUGCUCUCUAUGGGCUUGACAUUGACAUUUGAGGAUUUCAGACGGUGUCUGCGAAAUCCGUGGACUGUGGGUGUUGGGUUUCUUGCACAGUAUUUGAUUAAACCCAUGCUAGGCUUUGCCAUUGUAAUGACUCUAAAACUUUCAGCUCCUCUCGCAACUGGUCUUAUUCUGGUCUCAUGUUGUCCUGGAGGUCAGGCAUCAAAUGUUGCAACAUUCAUAUCCAAGGGAAAUGUUGCACUGUCUGUUCUUAUGACAACGUGUUCAACUAUUGGAGCUAUUAUAAUGACCCCACUUCUUACAAAGCUUCUUGCUGGUCAACUUGUUCCGGUUGAUGCUGUUGGCCUGGCAGUUAGUACCUUUCAGGUUGUUUUAGUCCCAACAGUUGUGGGAGUUUUGGCAAAUGAGUUUUUUCCUAAGUUCACUUCAAAGAUAAUCGUUGUGUGUCCUUUGAUUGGAGUCAUUUUGACCACUCUCCUCUGUGCAAGCCCAAUUGGGCUAGUUUCUGAUGUGUUAAAAGCUCAAGGAGCACAAUUAGUAUUGCCAGUUGUUUUCCUACAUGCUGCUGCAUUUACUCUUGGUUAUUGGUUUUCAAGAAUAUCAUUUGGCGAAUCCACAUCACGCACCAUAUCUAUAGAGUGUGGAAUGCAGAGUUCUGCACUAGGGUUUUUACUCGCUCAGAAGCACUUUAAAAAUCCCCUUGUGGCUGUUCCUUCUGCUGUCAGUGUUGUCUGCAUGGCGCUUGGUGGAAGUGCUCUUGCUGUGUUUUGGAGGAACAAACCAAUUCCCCUUGAUGACAAAGAUGACUUCAAGGAAUGAAAAUCAUUGACUAGUAUUGACAUGUCCCUCAUUUUUAUGUGGGAACAUGUUACAGCAUUCAGGAUUUAGGAUCAGCCUACGACAAAUAUGCCCCUUAGUUUGUAGCAUUCCUUGGGAGUAAUGUUUUUUCUUUCCGUUUGUGAUUAUGAAAUUUUUCAUAAACAUAUAAGAGAAAAAUAAAAAUUUAAAUCUAGUUUGGGGUCAAA